UUGCUCGUCAUGCCUUUCUCCUCUUCCAUUGGUCACAAGGCAGUUAAUACGUAGAGCGGGCUCUGUGUUUGUGAGGAUAUAAGGAGUCGACCUGGCAACAUUGCUUCCAUCUUCCGGUCUGCCGCGGGAAGCGUUGAUUUGGGGGCGUGGCUUAUUAAUAGUUAUGAGCACGGCUGUAGUUGUUAUGGUUAUGCGUAAUUAUUCAUAACGCUGCCUGGUGAUUGGCUGGGGUAUCUAAUUAAUUAUUAACGAGCCACUUGGCGGGCUUUCGAGGGAGUGCUACGCACAGGCCGGGCAGCAGGAGCCGGGGGGUGGGGCUAUGCUGAUGAGGCGGGUGCAGGAGGCCGGGGCAGCAGGGAAGAUGGCGGCGGAGCGGAGCCGCUCGCCCAUUGAGGGCUUCCCGGUACCGGCCUGUAUGUUCGCGCCGGAGCCCAGCUCCCCCGGCGGGGCGGCCCAGGCGGCAGCCUCCGCCCGACCCCACCGCGCCGCCUUCGGCUCGGACUGCAGCGAGGACGGGGAGGUGCUCAACGGGGAGCCCGAGCUCGACCUCACCAGCAAGUUGGUGAUGGUGAGUCCGACAUCGGAACAGUAUGACAGCCUGCUCCAGCAGAUGUGGGAGAGAAUGGAUGAGGGAUGUGGGGAGACCAUCUAUGUAAUUGGACAAGGAUCAGAUGGGACUGAAUAUGGUCUGAGUGAGGCAGAUAUGGAAGCAUCCUAUGCUACAGUGAAGAGCAUGGCAGAGCAGCUUGAGGCAGAUGUGAUACUUCUGCGGGAGCACCAGGAGGCAGGGGGCAAGGUGCGCGACUACCUUGUUCGGAAACGUGUGGGUGACAACGACUUCUUGGAGGUCAGGGUAGCAGUGGUUGGCAAUGUGGAUGCAGGAAAGAGCACGUUGCUGGGUGUCCUGACGCAUGGUGAGCUGGACAAUGGCCGGGGCUUUGCCCGGCAAAAGCUCUUCCGCCACAAGCAUGAGAUCGAGUCAGGUCGUACCAGCAGUGUGGGCAAUGACAUCUUGGGCUUUGACAGUGAGGGCAAUGUGGUGAACAAGCCGGACAGCCAUGGUGGCAGCCUGGAGUGGACCAAAAUCUGUGAGAAAUCCACCAAGGUCAUCACUUUCAUUGACUUGGCUGGGCAUGAGAAGUACCUGAAGACCACAGUCUUUGGCAUGACUGGUCACCUACCAGAUUUCUGCAUGCUUAUGGUUGGCAGCAAUGCUGGGAUUGUUGGGAUGACCAAGGAGCACCUGGGCCUAGCGCUGGCACUCAAUGUUCCAGUCUUUGUCGUGGUGACAAAAAUCGACAUGUGUCCUGCCAACAUUCUGCAAGAAACUCUGAAGCUGUUACAGCGACUUCUGAAGUCCCCAGGGUGCAGGAAGAUCCCGGUGCUGGUUCAGAGCAAAGAUGAUGUCAUUGUAACAGCCUCCAACUUCAGCUCAGAGAGGAUGUGCCCAAUUUUCCAGAUUUCCAAUGUCACUGGUGAGAAUCUGGAGUUGCUUAAGAUGUUUCUCAAUCUCCUGUCUCCCCGAACAAGUUACAGGGAGGAAGAGCCAGCAGAGUUUCAGAUAGACGACACUUACUCUGUACCGGGUGUGGGAACAGUUGUGUCUGGGACAACCUUGAGAGGCCUGAUCAAGCUAAAUGACACUUUGCUUCUGGGGCCAGACCCCUUGGGCAACUUCCUGACCAUUGCUGUCAAGUCCAUCCACCGCAAACGCAUGCCUGUGAAGGAGGUGCGUGGUGGCCAGACUGCCUCCUUUGCUCUGAAAAAGAUCAAGCGUUCCUCCAUCCGGAAAGGCAUGGUGAUGGUGUCCUCCCGUCUGAAUCCACAAGCAUCCUGGGAAUUUGAAGCAGAGAUUCUGGUGCUGCAUCAUCCCACCACCAUCAGCCCACGCUAUCAGGCCAUGGUGCAUUGUGGCAGUAUCCGCCAGACAGCCACUAUCCUCAGCAUGGACAAGGACUGCCUACGGACAGGGGACAAAGCUACAGUGCACUUCCGCUUCAUCAAGACCCCUGAAUACUUGCAUAUAGACCAGCGGCUGGUCUUUCGUGAGGGUCGUACCAAAGCAGUGGGUACUAUCACCAAGUUACUCCAGACCACCAACAACUCUCCAAUGAACUCCAAGCCCCAGCAGAUCAAGAUGCAGUCAACAAAAAAGGGACCCCUUACGAAACGAGAGGAUGGCGUGCCCCAGAGUGGGACAGCAGCCGGGGGGGCCCUGGUGGGGGAUGAUGCCACCUCAUCAGGAGCAACACCAGCAGUACCUUCUAGUGCCCUGCAAGCACAGUCGAAGGUUGGAGGAGGGGGCCGGCGACGUGGGGGCCAGCGCCAUAAAGUGAAGUCUCAGGGGGCUUGUGUGACUCCUGCCAGUGGCUGCUGAAUAUCUUUUUUCCACCACCCUCUGAGGAAUUCUCCCCCUCCCUCCAUUUCUUAGCCAAGACAUCCAGAGCAGCUUAAACCAAAACCCAUCCAGCUGAUCUGCUGCAGAAGAACCUUCCCUCCCAAGGAAUGACAGAGGGAUUGUAACUUAUAAUAAGCUAAGGAAGGUGACAAGACAUGCGGAACUGAUCAACUGACACUUUCCUCCUCCCUCUACCCCAACACACUUUUGUACAACCUGGGCUCUUAGUCUUUAUUAUAUUAUGUGUGCAUGAAGAUGAGGAAAAUCCAGAUAUAUUGGAGAAGAGCCAUUUGGCUGCUUCCCUUUCCCCAUCUGGUCCUGUCUGUUUAAUCUUCUACACUGUCCCCAGUCCACUGGCAUUAGAAGACCUGAAAUUCCAGGGUUAAAAUGUGCUGGAUGGUGGGUGGUUGUAGGGGGCAGCAAUUCCUCGCUCUCUGGUAAGGUGCCAAAUGAGUUCUGGACUCUCCCUGUCUUAAACUGUUUUUUAAAUGGGUUAAUUUUAAUGUGGCAGUGACUGCAAUUUGGAGGGGGAUGCAGAAAACUGAACAGAUGGAUCUUAAAGAGGACGGUGAAUUCAAGAGAGAUCCUUGACCUUAAGUAGGUAUGUUUAAUUUUUUUUCUUAAUACUUCUCCCUCUCCUCCCUAAAUAUAAGGCCAAUAGCUAUUACAACUUUAAUCAGAGGUGAGAUUAAGUACAGAGGUUACUUUCCCAUCUCAUCCUCCUUCCUCUUCUAACCUCUGUUCAAUGCAUGCUGGAACAACUCUUACCCACCCCUCAAGGUCCUGGCGGCAGAGUGACAUAGUCGAAUGUCUCCAGACUGCUCUAUGGUGCAGGAACACUGUGUGGCCUGUGACCAGCAUAAGUCUCCCCUGUGACUAGACAAUUAUCACAAGUGGGAUAGCCCUUUCGGGCCUGGAGACUGAAAACAUGCCACCCUCAUUUGACUUUGCCUGCUCCAAGUGCUCCCUUCUCUCCUGGAACUCGCAGGCCAAGCUUUGCCAUGGCAGUGGUAACAUUGGUCAGUCCCACUCUUUGCAGAAGGGGGAAGUGAUUAGUUGAUACCAACCUUAGGGAAGCACUUUCAGCCUGGGGAGCCCAUGGAGAUUUUAUCUUUUUUUUUUUUUUUUUUUUUUUUUAAUAAAGUUCUAGCUUCUUGGACAGGCCCCCCAGGACACUCCUUCUGAAGUGACUUAUUUUAUGAGUAUCAUGUCCUUUUACCUCAGGCUUUGUAGCUGGUCACCUCCCAACUUCUUGUUCUGUCCUCUCCCAUCCCUGCCUCUUCAAAAGACGAGCUCCCUAGAGAAUAAUGCUUAUCGUCCACUGACUAAUGGGAUGCUUAAUAUCUUGAGGGAGGAGGCAGAGCUAUCACUUACUUCAUUCUGAGUAGAGAGUCACUGUUCGUUGUUUCAGAGAGCCUCCACCUUGGGAAGCUGUUAACUAGAGAGACAAAGCCUAAAGCCAUCUCUGAGGGCAAACUGAAUGGAAGGGGGAAGAUAGAGCAUAGUCCUUCCUGAGCCAGUUGCCCAACUGCCAGAGCUCUCUGGGGAGAAAUCCUAAGUAGCUACACUAUUAAUGGCACCCCAAUUGUGAAGGAGUGUGAAGUGUUGCUAGCAAAAUAUGGGGGCCUGCUUCAUUCAUGCCCAGGCCCUCUAGUAGCAUUAAAACUGCAUCUGAUUUCACUGCUCUUCAGGGAGGCAGAGAACUCUAGGCGUUCUUCAUUCCUGAGCCUGUUUUCCUCUUUCUUCAUUCCUUGUGCCCCAACUGAAAGAGGGAAGCCUAGGGCCUGAAGAGGAUUUACAUAAAUUCAUACUAAGGAGAUUGUGUGAUCUCCUUUUUGUUGUGACCAGCAUACAAAGAUCACUGAGACUGGUGUGAUGUAUAAAAUAAAAAGUUUGUUCUAAGUUAAA